AAAUGGAUACUUCAGAAAUGUGAACUGUCUUGGCACCGAACACAACUUCUUGAAUGUGGCUACGUGAAUAACCCUAGUACAUGUAACCAAGGUGGAGGUUGCAGUGGUUUGAGGAGAGAUGCCACUGUGAGCUGCUUACUAGCAAACUGCAGUAAUGGUGAAGUGCGUCUGGUGAACUCGAGAGUGGAGUCUUGUCUCAAUGAUCGGUGGGGAGGAGUAUGCAGUGUAGGGUGGACAGAAGCAAUGGCAGGUCUCCUUUGCUCCAAACUAGGAUUCUUUAAUGUGGCUGUGAUGACAACGCUUGACCCACAAGCAUCUUCACAACUGGAGUGCACAGUAUCCGACAACGAGAAUGUCAGCUGUACUGCUACGAGUGAUUGUGACAUGGAAUUGGGAGUGAUGUGUCUAGAGCAAGAUUUUGUUACCCGACUAGCUAUAGCUAUAGUGGACCAAAAAGAUACUACGAACUGUGAAACAAUGUCAACUAGUACGAAAGUUAGUGAUCAUUCGGAAAGUCAGUCAACAGUGCCGACAACUGAGAACGUUUCUCAAGGAAGUAGUCAAAACGGUACCAUUGCAUCUAGUGCCACAAGCGAAGUAGAACAACCCUCUAGCGAAAUGUUGGGAAGCUGUCCUAUUGCCUCCUUGGGAGGAGUGAUUGGUCUUCUGGUGGUUGUGCUCCUAGGACUUGCUAUUGGAUUGACUGUAACUUGCUGUGUGUUGUGGAAACGCAGGUCACAGAAACAGCACGCUGAGUACAAUACUUCUCAAAGACAAGAGUUCUCAACAAUUCAACGACAACUGAACAACCCAGUAUACGAUACAAGCAUGGAACCACACAAUGCAUACAGCUCCAGUGGACCCACUUAUGAACAAGUUGCCAAUGGCAAUCAACAAGACCACACCUACUCAAUACUUGAGCGCGAUGAGAACACGAAUCGUCGCUCAAAUCAGCUCAAUCCUAUAGACGAGGAGCAGAACUACUAUGUGGUGGAGAGUGGAAGGUGUGAGGGUGUGGAGGGGGCGGGCUGUGAUGGUGUGUACAAUGAGGCUAGUAACUAUGAAGUGCCAAUGUCAAGCAAAACGGACAGCAAGGUGUGGCUGUGUGAAGAGGAGUACUCCACACUCAAGCAUUGAGAAAACUGAAUAUUGUGUACUAUAUUUUAUACUGCAUCAUGUGACUGUCUUAUAGAGACCUUGCAAUUCGUGUGUGUCUAUUUUUUCUUAUUAAAAUCAGUGUUUUAGUUAGAUAUUAGUGACUCAGAAUUUCUAUUCUCUCCUUUGAUUAUACUUUAUUACAGUCUCAAUGAUGUGAGGUAACUACUAAUGUGAGUUGUGGUUUGAGUGAUGUAAUGUGUGUCCAAAUAAAUCUUAUUAGUUCUGAUUCUCAAUCAACAUAUAAAAUGUACAGUCUAAAUGGAAUUCAGUUCCUAGGUACUAUG